CGCAGCGUACGGGCUUACUAUUUGAUCGGUCGCGAUUCGGUAAACACGGAGAGACGCGGUUAGUUAUCUCUCGCGCGGUCUCGCCCGUUCGCCGAUUGUUGUGACUCCGACAGUUCGCGAACGCGUCGUAUCGUGUUCGGAAGUAACCGCGUUCGCUAGUGGUACGAAACUUGGUUGUGUCGCGCGAAAUCGUCGACGAUUCUCUUCGUAUCGUUUGUUCGCGAUGCUAGUCGUCCUCGAGGUCUACGUCGCGAGUGAACCACGGGAAUAUUAGCUGUUCGUCGUUGCGAAUCAUUACGAUUUCGAUGAUCUGCCUCGGAUCGUUUCCCGCCAGACGAAGGGAAGAGAGACGAACCGCCAUCGUGAGAUCGAAUUUCGCGAGGGACAAGGGAAAAGGGACGAACGCGCUAUUAUCGAGACGAUAUUGUAUCCGUUAUCAACGUGGAUCGAAUUAGAUUGCAAUCGACGACGGGCCAUCCGCAACGGGCCGGGCCAAAGUCGUGAACACCAUGGAUUGGUGGCUGCGGGGACGGAUUAUCUACACCUACUUGUUAUGGAUCGUCUUCAAGGCAGCAGCUAACGGCGGGUUUUUCGAUUCCAUGGUGGGAGAGAUGGUCGUCGAGGCUGGCAAGAACGUGACGCUGAAUUGUCCGGGGGUGACGGAGGAUUCGUUGAUACUGAUGCUGGAAUGGCGGGCGGACGGCACGCAAUUGUUGGAGUACAGCAGCAACACGACCACCGUGUGGAAUCACCGGAACAGAGUGUCGUUAAAUUCGAAAAACUACGCGUUACAAUUUCAUCCCGUUACCGCGCAGGACACCGCCGAGUACACUUGUUUGGUGAACAGCCGCAGCACACCGGAAGCUGUCAUCAAGCUGAUGGUUCAAGAUGUUCCUGAUCCACCGGAAAGGCCUCUCUUAACAAACCUUACAUCGAGGUCCGUGAAUUUAUCCUGGGCACCGAGUGCAAAUUCUCAUAACAAUCCGAUCUUGCACUACGUCAUCGAAACUCGGAUCAAAGAAGAGGGACCAUGGAACGCAACAGAGGAAAUCGUAACUCCAACCAACGAUACGUACUACACCAUAGAGAACCUGCAUCCAUUCACCGUUUACAGUUUCCGUGUGUCAGCAGUGAACGCCAUGGGACGAAGCAAACCCAGCAUGGAGUCUUACUACAUAGUUACUCUACGCGAACCGCCGAAGGGGAAGCCUAUAAUUACUAGCGCUUACAACACCUCGUCUUCGUCCAUUUAUUUGGCAUGGAAGGCGCCCAGUCUAGACACCAUUCAAGGCGAAUUUCUUGGCUAUCAGAUCCGUUAUAGGCCACGAGACAAACCGCACAUGGAAGAAAAGCACAUAUACAUACGCAAUCAGGCCGUUGACAAUCACAAGAUACAUCAUUUGGAAACGUACACGCAGUAUUUGGUCUCGUUGGCUGUGUUCAAUCCGGCUGGACAUGGCCCUGCAACGACGGUUUCUGUAAUGACCGACGAAGGGGUUUCCCGCCGUUUAUCUAUCGAUAAAACAGAAUUUUGCUUAUUCCGUACGUACCGUCGGUCGAUAAACGGAACUUUGAAGAUUCCUGCUUUAACCGAAUUUAAAAAGGAAGAUUUCUUCGAGAAUAGAAUAUUACCAUUGGUCAUUAAAAAUUGA